UUUCACAACUUUUCAACCUCUCUCUCUCUCUCUCUCUCUCGCUCUCUCUUCCUUCUUGCAAACAUUUGGAACUUAUUGGAGAGCACUGAAUGCAGAGAAACUCUUAGUCAGGCAAUUUAGUAAUUUAAUUAACCUUUCUUAAUGCACAACAGUCAACUCCCCAACUUGGUUCUAUUUCCAACUCUAGUUUUGUUUCUUGAUUUUGCUUAAUUUUUAUCAAAAAACAAAAAAAAACAUUGCAGAGAAAGUAUAUAUUACAAAUCAAAGACAUUGUUUUAAAUUUAUAUUAAGAAAUUUUUUUGUCCAACUUACUAGAUAUAUCUUAGAUUUUGUAUUUUCGUUUCCCCGUUAUAUAUAGGCAAAGUAAGAAGAAAUUCCAUAUGGUAGCUAUAGGUACUGGUUAGGAAAAGUUUGGAUCAUCAAUUUCAUUCUCUUUUGGACAAUUUUUCCAUUACAAUUUUUUUUUUUUUUUCCUUUUCUGUCUUUGGAAAAAAACCACAAAGCAGAAAAAGAGAUAGAUCAGGCAAAUGUCCGGCUUGGAACCUGCAGGUCAAGCUCCUCGCUAUGUUCACCAGCUUCUCGGACCAGACCUCCAGCUCCAAAGAUCCUCACAGCUACAUCUUGCCUCACCGAACUCCCCAGACAACGAUGAAGGAACUGAUGCAGAUACACCUACUAAAAGCACAGGUGGAGGAUCUUCCGGCCGUCGGCCCCGCGGACGUCCUCCCGGCUCCAAGAACAAGCCAAAGCCGCCGAUAUUCGUAACCCGUGACAGCCCUAAUGCACUUAAAUCCCAUGUGCUGGAAAUCUCUGCCGGCUCCGACAUCGUUGAGUCGGUGUCCAACUAUGCAAGGAGGCGAGGCACCGGAGUUUGCAUCCUCAGCGGAAGUGGAGCCGUCACCAACGUCACCUUGAGGCAGCCGGCAGCGCCAUCGGGGAGUGUUAUAACCCUACAUGGCCGGUUCGAGAUUCUUUCCUUGACCGGAACCUCUCUGCCACCGCCAGCGCCACCCGGAGCCGGCGGCUUGACUAUAUACUUGGCAGGUGGACAGGGCCAAGUUGUGGGAGGGAUUGUGGUCGGGCCGUUGACGGCUUCUGGGCCGGUGAUAUUGAUGGCGGCUUCGUUUACUAAUGCUGUUUAUGAUCGCUUGCCACUGGAGGAUCAGGAGGAUUCUCCGGCAGCAGUACAGCCGGCAACAUCACAAUCUUCAGGAGUAACAGGCGGGGGAGGCCAGUUAGGUGAUGGCGGAAGCGGCAGCGGGGGAGGCAGCGGCAGUGGCGGUGGAGCUGUUCCUUUUUACAAUUUGGGAGUAAGCAUGGGGAGUUCUAAUUAUACAUUCCCUGGCGAUGCUUUUGGUAAUAAUUGGAAUGGUGCAUCCAGGCCUCAAUUUUAGUAUUUAAUUUACAACUUCUUUUAAUUGAUUUGAUGAUAUAACUGAAAAUCAUGAGAAACGUUUUAUGUUCGGUUUCUGGGAAUUUGAUUUUCUUUCUGAAUUUGGAGAGAGGAAGAAGUAGAUGAUUGAGGAUCAUGGUCAUCAGGCUCAUGAAGUUUUGCUGUGCAGAUAUAUAUAGGAAUUUUCUUGUAUGAGAAAAAGUUGCCUGAUUAAUCUUUCACUAGGAGCAAGGGAUCGGAAAAUCAUCAACUUCUGUAAGUCCAGAUUAAUGUAUAAAUGUUCCUUUCUUCUUUUCAUUUCGUAUGAGAUUAAUCAAUAUUUCAACAACAUUAGUGAAGGAAUAACUUUUCCUUUCAUUAUUUUGUUUCUUUCUUUCUUUCCUUUUUCUAAAUUUUUUG